AUGAGAUCUCUCAACAACCAUUACUUUCUGUUCUUCAUUUCUUGCCUACUCAUCUUUUUCUCUCCUCUUCCUUCUCCUUUUAUCUGUUCUUUUCCUCUUCAACCUUUCUUUCUUUUUUCCCAUGACAUUUUUGCUCUCUCUGUGUCUCUUUCAACCUCUUUUAUUAUUUCUUCUUCUUCUUCUUCUUCAUUUCUCUUUCUCUUUCACCUUUUCUUUUCUCUCUAUUCUUUCCCUUUCACCAUUUCACAUUCUUUUUUCCCUUCUCUUUCCCUUUUCUCCUCUUUUUUAAUCUUUCCUUCUUUUUUCCUUUUCCUCCUCUCUCAUUUUAUUCUUACCUGUUUUCCUUCUUUUUUUUUUCUUAUGCUCCUCUUGUUUUUCUUUCUUUAUUCUUGGUCGUUACAUGCACCUCAGUGUGUGAUCUGCUAUUAUUUUAUUUUAUUCAAUGAUUUUUAUAAAAGAAUAAAACAAGGGGAAUUCAAGGAAAAGAAAAUCAGGUGCAGUCACCUUGACAAGUGUGUGCAUAAUGUAUUCGCCUGCUUCAACACUCAUUUUCCCUUGAAAACAAACAAAAAAGAAGAGUAUAUUCAAAUAUUACACUGCUUUCAAAUAUGA